AUGGACAUGCUCUCCGACCUGUCCGGGGGCCUGUCCUCCGGCGCGGCCGCCCAGAUCGGCGUGAUGAACAAGCUGUCCACCGGCAGCGUGGUGGUGGACAUCCUGCUGUGCAUGGUCCUGCCGCUGGUGCUGCGGCGCGCGAGCGACUGGGUGCAGGAUCUGCGCAGCAGGCUGGAGACCUGGCUGCGCUCGCGGCAGGAGUUCUACAGAGACAUCGAGCACGUGACGGGCGACGGGUACUACGCCUGGGGGGACCAGGCCACGGAGGACAACAGGAUCCUGCAGGAGGCGCUCCUGCUGUACCUGGACAGGCUGCGCCCCGGUCUGAGCCCCUUCAAGCACACCGACGUGCGGCUGAUGCUGGACACGGGGCUAAGGAGGGAGGACAGCGACUGGGACAGCGACGCGGACUCGGUCGCGGACUCGGACGACUACUCGUACGCGGAGGAGCUGAAGCGCGGCAGGAUCUGCACGCUGCCGCCGCAGAACGACUGGAUCGAGGUGGAGGAGGGGCUGAUGAUGAAGAGGAUCGAGAGCGACGAAAGCGAGAAGGGAGAAAAGAUGCUGCAGACAAAGAUUCGCAACACCAUCUCCCUGAAGAGUGACGCCAAGGAUGGGGAUAAGAGGAUUGAUGCCUUCAUAGCCAAGGCCUACGCGUUCUACACGGAAAAGAUGGAGGAUCGCAAGAGCAACGACAGGCACCUGUAUACGCCUCUGUUCCGGAUCGCUGCCAAGGGCAAUAGUGGUGGUGACUCAGACCGCGAUUCCCAGGCCCAGGCCAUGCUCUUCAAGCGCUACAGGCUGAGUGAGAACAAGACCUUCGCCUCAUUCUUUCACCCGGAGAAGGAUCCCCUGCUGCAGCUCAUAAACAAGUUCAUGAACAAGACAGGGAAGUUUGCAAUCCCAGGGUAUCCCCACAAGCUUGGGAUCUUGCUUUAUGGGCCUCCUGGCACCGGGAAGACGUCGUUGAUCAAAGCCAUCGCACAGCACACCAAGAGGAGCAUCGUGUCUGUCCCCCUCAACCGCAUACACACCAACCAGGAGCUCAUGGACCUUGUAUUCGACCAGGCAUACAAAGUGGAAGGGGAGGGUAGGGCCGUUAGGCUCCCCUUCAAGAAGACCAUCUUUGUCAUGGAGGAUGUGGACGCGGCCUGCAACGUGGUGCUCCGCCGUUCGCCAGAGUCCCCCCCACCUAUGCCCAAAGCACUCCCCCUGGACCCUGCUGAAGCGGCAGGCGAGCUUGCCAAAGGGAAAGAAGCCGAAAGCAAGGCCACGGGGACACUGACCCGGGAGCAGAUUGCCUUCCUGUUUGACAAGGAGGACGACAAGCUGAACUUGGCUGGACUGCUGAACGUGCUGGAUGGCGUUGUGGAUUGCCCUGAGCGAAUCGUGGUGAUGACCACCAAUCACCCGGAGAAGCUGGACCCCGCCCUCAUUCGCCCCGGCCGCAUCAACAAGCAGAUACACAUGGGCAACAUGCGGGCCGAGGAGGCCCUGCAGAUGGCUGCCCACUACUACGGCCCCGUCAGCCCACAGGACGAGGCAGCCCUGCGGGCCGCCCUGCCCGACGGCGCCCUGUCGCCCGCAAGGCUGGAGGCCAUGUGCGCGGAGGGCGACACGCUGCCGGAGCUCGUGGAGGCCAUUGAGCAGGCUUUGGGCGUGCGCAGCCAGGAGGAGUAG